AGAAGGAAAGGGGAGGGUUUAAAGUUGGGAGCAGCAACAUUCGCACACACACACAGAGAGAGAGAGAGAGAGAGAGAGAGAGAGAGAGAGAGAGAGAGAGGUAUUGAAGAAAAGAAAGGAAGCAAUGGGUUGGAUCGGUGAGACUGUGGAUUCCAUCAAAUCUCUUCAGAUCCGCCAAGUCCUCACCCAAGCUGUUAGUCUUGGCAUGAUUGUUACGUCUGCACUAAUAAUAUGGAAGGCGUUGAUGUGCAUCACUGGCAGUGAAUCUCCUGUUGUUGUUGUUCUUUCUGGAAGCAUGGAACCAGGAUUCAAGCGGGGGGACAUCUUAUUCUUGCACAUGAGUAAAGAUCCAAUUCGUGCAGGGGAGAUUGUUGUGUUUAAUGUGGAUGGACGUGAGAUUCCAAUUGUUCAUCGUGUGAUUAAGGUACACGAAAGGCAAGAUACAGGAGAGGUUGAUGUUCUCACGAAAGGAGAUAACAAUUAUGGGGAUGACAGGCUACUGUAUGCUCAUGGUCAGCUUUGGCUUCAAAGGCACCACAUUAUGGGUAGAGCUGUCGGGUUCUUACCUUAUGUUGGCUGGGUGACAAUUAUUAUGACUGAAAAACCUAUCAUCAAGUAUAUUCUCAUUGGUGCUUUGGGGUUGCUCGUGAUAACUUCAAAAGAUUAAACGAUGAAUCAAAAACAAACUGCGGUCUAACCUCCGAGAUGUCAUACUUUUGUUUAAGGUGUCAUUUUGUACCAUUCUUAGAAUGGAGAACAACAUUAAUGUUAAGAGUGAAUGCAAAAGUAGUUGAAUUUCAUAUUUUCUCAACUCUUCCUAGUCCUUGAUGGGUUGGUUGUCUAAUUGAAAACCCCCUUCCUUUAUAUUGUGUUUUGGUGCAGUUUUAAGCCUAUAAAUCACCUUGGGAAAAA